AUGGAUCAGGUUUGUGAGAGCAGAGGUCAGCUGUUAAUAAUUGCCUGUAUUGCUCUGAUUUAUUGUCGUCUCUUUCUCUGUAUCUCAGGUGUCCACAUUGUUCAGAGGAUGUAUGGCUGUGAAUGGGAUGAUGAGGCUGGAGAGGUUACUGGUUUUAAUCACUUUGGUUAUGAUGGAGAAGACUACCUAGUACUUGACCUGAAGACAGAUACAUGGAUCGCCCCAAAACGACAGGCUUUAAUAAUCAAAAUGAAAUGGGACCAUGAGAGAUCUCUUUAUCAAAAGGACAAGGACUACAUCACCCAGGAAUGUCCUCAGUGGCUGAAGAAGUAUGUGAACUACGGGAGGAGCUCUCUGAUGAGAAAAGUUCACUCUGAGGAUGUGGAGCUUUGA